AUGUUAUCUUUGGAACAGAGACUCUCCAUUCCAAUCACUUACCAGGGAUGGUUUGAGGUUCUUUCAGAAGAUGGAAAGGGAAACAAACCAAUAGAAUCGGUGCAGGAACUUGCAAAACUAUUCCCUGAGAAAUGCUUGGUACGGCAGGAUGUCUUGACUUACUGUGCAAAUGAUGAUGGUAAACUCAGUAGAGUUGUGACAAAGAUUUUAUCUACCUAUAUCAAUCUGUUCAUUAGCUAUCUCUCUCUGUCUCUCAAUCUGUUCAUUAUCUAUCUCUCUCUGUCUCUCGGUCUGUUCAUUAUCUAUCUCUCUCUGUCUCUCAAUCUGUUCAUUAGCUAUCUCUCUCUGUCUCUCGGUCUGUUCAUUAUCUAUCUUUACAUAUCUCUCUGUUCAUUAUCUAUCAUUAUAUGCCAUUAUAUCAUGUAUGUCAUUAUUAUUAGUGUAUUUUCAUUUGUUUGUAAGUAUCUAUCUAUCUAUCUUCGGUAUCUAUCUAUUUUCGGUAUUUAUCUUUCUAUCUUCGAUAUCUAUCUAUUUUCUAUCUAUGUUCAGUAUCUAUCUAUCUAUCUAUCUUCGGUAUCUAUCUAUUUUCGGUAUUUAUCUUUCUGUCUUCGGUAUCUAUCUAUCUUUCUAUCCAUCUCCGGUAUCUAUCUAUCUUUCUAUCCAUCUCUGGUAUCUAUCUAUCUUUUUAUCUAUCUUCAGUAUCUAUCUAUAUAUACAUGA